AAACGAUGAGUAUUGUGUAAGAAGAACGGAGGGAUGAUGGACAUGUGAGAUGAGAGAAUUGUAGAAAAUGACGGUUGAAGGAGAUUGUUCUCACACUUUUCAAGGCCAAGUCACAGUAUAUGUCGAUGUCCCAAAAGAGUUACACGGCAAAAUUGUUGGUCACCAAGGAACAACUAUCCACGAAUUGACUCUAAAGACUCACGCCAAAAUUGAUGUUCCUCCACAAAACUCUCCUGAAACGAACAUUACUAUUAGUGGAGAGCCACUUUCAGUUGCUAGUGCCAGGAAACGAAUAUUGAACCUGAUUGGGACGCACUCCACUGUAGGAGAUCAAUAUAGAGCUUUAGCAGAAGAAGCUACAAAACAGAGAAACAAAUAUUAUGAAGAAGCUACAACAGCGUAUAAGCAAGGUAACAAAGAACGAGCUAAACAGUUGUCCGAGUUUGGUCAUCAACAAGAUGAAAAGGUUCAACAGUUGAAUGCUGUUGCAGAAGAACAAAUAUUUAGAGAGAGAAACGAUUUGUUGAACGACGAUGAAAUUGACCUUCACUAUCUACACAAAGAUGAAGCGUUGAAUCGUUUACAAUCCAAAUUGGAACACUUUCGAGGUACGAAACUUAAAAUAAUCACCGGAGCUGGACAUCAUAGCGAACAUGGACCUGUUUUAAAGGGAACUGUGAAAGAGUUCUUAGAUAAGCAACAUCACAAAUAUGUUGACGAUGGAGAUGGUGCGUACAUUGUUCAUUUGAGUGGCAAAGAAAAGCAAGAAUAUAUUGCCGAUGGAGCUCAUAUUGAAAAUAGACCUCAACCUUCUUUGUUUGAAAGAAUCAUUCACCGUCUGUGUGGCUGCUGUGGUGUAUAACACUCGUAGAUAACUCGACAAAAAUAGUG